CAACACGACUUUGCGUUGGAACUUUCACAAUACAUCGUACUACAAAACUUGUAACAUUAAUUCAUUUAUCUGAAUAAGUACGUAGAAAAUUAUUUAAAAAUGAUUAGUUCCACUAUGAAGUUCUUUGCCUGCAUUCUCUUUGUUUCUACUGUGAUGGCUGCAACAUCAGAGCCAGGAGAAGAAACACGAGCUCGUUUACUGGUUUCAAAACAAAUUCUCAACAAAUAUCUCGUAGAGCAACGUGAUGUCCUUGUAAAAUACAAUUUAUUCAACGUUGGAAACGGAGCAGCUACACAUGUGAAUCUUGUCGAUCAAGGAUUCCCUGCUGAAGCAUUUGAUCUUGUUAGUGGAAAAUUAGAGGCUUCUAUCGAUAGAAUAGCUCCACAAACCAAUGUUACUCACGUUGUUGUCGUUCGUCCUUUGGCUCAUGGCUAUUUCAACUUUACAGCUGCCGAAGUUAGCUAUCGUCCAGUUGAAUCAAAUCCAGCACUUCAAUAUGCUGCAAGUUCUGAACCAGGUGAAGGAGGAAUCAUAAACUUGGCUCAAUUCAACAAGCAAUUCUCAUCACAUUUUAUUGAUUGGAUAGCAUUUGUUAUCAUGUGUCUGCCAACAGUAGCAAUUCCAUUCAGUUUAUGGUUCAAGUCAAAGGCAAAAUACGAACUACUUGCACAGAAACCACAGAAAAAAUCUAAUUAAACAACUGUAUCAGUUCAAAACGAGAACUUAAAAUUAUCAUCGCAUAAUUUAAGAAACAAUUGAAUAACAGAAGCAGUCAUCAUCACUUCUCAACGUUUCCAUUCUACAAAAAUCAUCAUAUGAGAUUCAAAGCUCGUCAAAGAAAAACAAAAUUGAAAAUAAAAAAACUUCUUUAUCCUAAAUUACAACAUUUUGUAGAUUUUUUCGUAUUUCUUAC